CUUCUUCCGCUUCUUCCUCCUCACGAUUCACACCUCGCCUGCUUGCCAACCUCCUCAUGGCGACCAUAAAGCAGCCUUCUGACUUUCAGAAGCUGGAAGAGCUGCUCGCCAAGAGGCCAGAUGCAGCUCAACCUCUCUCCGACAUCACCAGCACUGAGGAGCUCGGCUCGGUGCUAGCCUCACGAUGGUACAUCACGUCUGUCGUCAAGCCUGUCAUCGUCGAUCUGGUGGCUGAGUUCGCCGGACAGGAGAAGACGGCCCUCGAUGGAGACUCACUGCUCAUGCUGUGCUACGAGACAGCGGCGGCAAUGUCACCAGAUGCGGAGCAGGUAGGCGUACAGCCUCUUGUUGCCACCUACCUCGCAGAAAGAUACCUACUGCAGCUGGUGAAGGCCAAGUUGAACUUCACCAUCGUGUGGUUCGAAGAUCGAGCUUGGAUCAAUCUCGCUUCCAAGGCAGCGAGCUCGAAACGAUUCGCUCGCUGUGUAAUCCAAUCACAUCUGAAGAACCACUGCGCCGAUAUCCCGCAAGCUUACUUUAGCAGCAUCAGCAGCCCCGAGUGGCGAAGAUGGCUCGAAUUAGAGCGUCCUUAUGCUAUUCUAGCCACAGAUGGUGCCUCUAGCGAGCAUGGUAACAAGACGGUGGAGGCAGCAGACACAUAUGCCAUGGCUCAGCAUAUCAGUGGCGGGAUGGGUGUCAAGGAUUUGGCCGAGGGCGUUUCCGUGGCUUUGAUCAGCAAUGACAUGUUUGAGGACCAUAAGAUCCUUUGUUUCCUCAUCGUGUCUACUCCUUUGGCUCGUCAUGCCAUUAAACUACAAGCGGAAGGCUAUCAGCGUCUUGCUAGCGCAUUGGAAACGCAACAAGAACGGUAUCAAGUGGGCGAUAGACCCCACAAAGCAGCGAGCUGGUCGGAUAGCCUUGACGCCACUCCCGCCGAGAACAUCGCGCUUCUCGGCGCCGAGAAUCCACAAGCGAGCGAGGAAAACCGCAUUGCACUUUUGUUGCAAGCUCUUCUGCUCAAAGCUUUGCCUCUGGAUAGCAGGGCUCUCAAUGCUGAUGUAACAAGUAUCGACCGCGAAGCACAAGAUUUCCUUGCUGGAGCGCUCGAUCAUGGCACACGGUCAUUGUCUGCUCGAGAGGAUGACGCGGAAGUUCCCGCAGAUCUCAUUGAUCCGCGUCUCUUUGCAUUUUGUGUCUCUCGUCAAGCUGCCAUUCUGCAAGCACUGCCUCAGCCACUGAAGGAGCGUCUGCGGCUUCUCUGCCAGACGGUGGGUAUCUCUGACUUGCCGGGACUUUCUUCAGAUAUGCCAUCACCAACUCUCAGUCAGGGCGAAUCCCGCAAACGCAGUCUGCUGCUACCAUACCAGUCUCCAGCAGACUUGCAAUUGCCUGAGCUCUCGACACGGAGCGAUGCGGCUACCAUCAGCGAGCCGAGUACCUUCCUGCCUCGUCUCUCCGCUACUGGAGAGCGUUCAUUGCUGGAAAAAGCGGACCCGCUGCAUUUCUACAACCGCCCCGGGCGUGAGACAAAGGCGCCACGAGAUGCUCAUGGCCGUAUCAUCAACAAGUUGCAGGCCAAGCAGUUCAGAGCGAAUCAGAGGUACGCUUCAUGGGUCACUGCCUAUGCUCAAAGUCUGCUGGGCUCAAGUGGCUUGAUCAGACAAGCUAUCACCGAGGGGCCAUUGGUCCGUUUGGACGACAAGAAGGCCGGCAAACCUCAGCAGCAGCCCAAGCAGCCUGCCGCAAAGAAGCUGAGUAAGAAGGAACAAAUCAUCGCACAAAAUCAGAAGGACAAGUCGACAAAGGCUUCCGCUCAGGUGGACCGCAAAUUGACGUAUCUGGUCGAGGAGCUUCAAAUUGGAAGCGCUGUCAGCAAGUUUGACUCAGCUGAUCUUCCAAUGGUCAAGGAUCGUCGCCGUCAGAUUGGCACAUUGGCGGGCUACAUCGCAGGAGCAGCGUCUCCUGCUCAGGCCAGGGAUCUCAUCUUACUCCGCGUCCGUCUCGCUCUGGAGGCUUGGGUAGCUGCUUGCAGCAUCAGCGACCGGGAGAAAAGCCAGUGCUUCGACCUUGCGGUCAUGUGCUUCACAGACAUCGCGAAGAUCCUGUCGACUACACCUGGGGAAGGGUUCGAUGAGCACGAAAGAGCUCUCCUCUGCUCUUGUGGGCAAGCCAGUCGUGUCCUCGGCGUGCAAAGUGUGUUUGGACCCAGUCAUGCUGGCCUUGAGAAGGUAUGGGAUGAGGUUGAAGAGAAGAAAGGCAAGCCCAAGAAGGGAGAGUUUGCCUUCGACGUCAAUUGGCCAAAGGCAUCGAAGAAGUACAGCGUCGGGGACCCACUCGAGUUCCAGCUCAAGCACUGUGGUGACGUGAUGACGAGGGAACUGGACUCGAAGGAGGAUCGGCGAGUCACUGGCUUCAAGCCUGAUGCUUGGCAGAGAGACGUUCUCGAUGCAGUCGAUGCUCGCGAUGACACCCUUGUGGUGGCUCCAACGUCUGCUGGAAAGACGUUCAUUGCCUUCUACUGCGUUGAGAAGGCUCUGCGAGAGAGUAGCGAUGCCGUUGUCGUUUAUAUCGCCCCCUCAAAGGCACUGGUCAACCAGAUUGCUGCCGAGCUCGAAGCUCGCUACACCAAGAAUUACGGAACGUCUGAGAGGACUAUUUGGGCCAUCUCUUCGGGCGACUUCGAUGUUCACAAUCCCCUCAAGGCACAGGUCCUCGUAGCCUCGCCAUCAGUACUACACAAGAUGUGCCUCAAUACUGAGGUUGCAGCUUCAUGGCUCCCCCGAGUCAAGACCGUCAUCAUGGACGAGAUCCACAGUCUCACGGAUCUCGAGUUGGGUCCAAUUUGGCAGCAGCUGCUCGCCUUUGUGCCUUGCCCAAUCAUCGCCCUCUCGGCCACAGUCGGCAAUGUCGACGAAUUCGGACAAUGGCUCAAGCAGGUGCGUGAGCAGCAGGGACAAAAAGUGGCCAUUGUCCAGCACAGCACUCGAUACAGUGACCUCAAGAAGCACGUCUACGUCCCAGCUUCUUCGACUGUGGAGCCUUUCAAAGGCAUCUCCAAACAGGUUGGUCCUUCCCCUUUCCUUCCCCUCCACCCGUUCACUGCACUCCGUCCUGCUGGAUCCACCAUCCCGUCUGAUUUGGAGAUGACGCCUGCGGAACAGCUGCAGCUGGUUCGGGCCAUGCAAGCAACGUCUAACGCACAGUAUCAGAUCGACGAUAGCCUCGACCCGGGCAGGUUCUUCGCCAAUAUCGUCGGGCCAGUGACCAGAGCGAAUACCUUGGCCUACCAGGAGGCUCUUCGAGCAGCCGUCAAGGACUGGAUGGCGCGCGACGACUCUCGGAAUCCCGGAUCGCCUUUCCUCGCGCUUCUCGAUGCGCUCGAGAGCGGGCUGCAAAAGAGGAUCGACGAAGUGAACAAAGCUUGGCCUGCUACCAUGUCUCACAUCGAUUUCCAGCGAGAGAACCUGCUGCCAUUUUUGGGUAAUCUGGAGAACCAAAAGCUCAUGCCUGCACUUCUCUUCGACUUCAAUCGCGACGAUGUGGAGACACUCGGGAUGCAUUUGGUUGCUGAACUUGUCAAGCAAGAGGACAACUACAAAGCACACAACAAGGCCUGGCAAGCAAAGCUGGAGGAAUGGGAUCAAUGGAAGACAGAUGAGCCGGAUCGUCGAAAGGCAGAGGAGCGCAAGAUGAAGGCUCUGAAAGGCAAGAAAGACGCGGAAGCUGCGAAGAAAGAUGCUCGCGCUACCGAUGUCGGAUGGCAGGCUUCCUUCGAUCCCGAUGCUCCCCUCGCCGAUUUCACUUUCGCAAAUGAGAAGUGUGGUCUCGCAUUGGAAGAUAUCGUCGUCGACGUUGAGAAGCUCAACAUCGCUCAGUGGAUGAAAGAUGGAUUGAUCCGAGGUGUUGCAAUCCACCAUGUCAGUCUUCCGACCUCGUACCGACAGAUCGUCGAAAGGUGGUACCGAAAGGGUUGGUUGAGAGUCGUCAUCUGUACUGGGUCUCUCGCCUUGGGUAUCAACAUGCCCGCCAGGACGUCUGUCUUUGUCGGUGACCAUACUCAGCUCGAUGCUUUGCAAUAUCGACAAGCUGCUGGACGAGCCGGUAGGCGUGGCAUGGAUCUGACGGGUAAUGUCGUCUUCUACGGUAUUCCUUGGACCAAAGUUCAGCGUCUGUUGACGUCGAAGCUGCCGGCGCUGGACUGUGAUCUACCGACAUCUGCAACUCUCUACCUACGUCUCCAUCAGCUACUCGCAGACCCUUCUUCGCGACAGGCUGGAGAGCGCAUGGCUAAGGCUGCUGUGCGAUUGGAGAACCCACCGAGUCGUCAAGAAGAGCUACCGCUUGCUCAUCAGUUCCGCGUGUCUGUGGAGUUUCUACGACGCUUUGGGGUCGUCGGGACAGAGGGCCAGCCGCUCACGCUGGCUGGUAUCACCAGCUACUUGGCGUCUAACGAGCCAGCAAAUCUGGCUUUCGUUGAGCUCCUGCGCUCAGGGACUCUGUACAAUGUCGCCUUCUCUGCGUCGGUCGAUCGCGUGGCGGCUGUCGACGAGAUGGUCGUCAUUUUGAGCCAUCUUUUUGCCUCCCGAAAGAGCAACCCGACUCGCCGAUUUGCAGCAGGAGAGCGACCUCUGCCACCUUUGCCGCAAGAAGCUAGGAAAGUAUUGGGAGCUCUGCAUGACCAAGCUGUGAACGCCUAUCUCAACUUCACUGCAAGCGUGAAGAAUUCUGCUGAGCAAGUGAUGGACGACAGCAAGCUGCCUCUGUCGGCUGUCUCCUUCGGAGGCUCUCCAGACGAUGUCGGUAUCGUCUCUCCCGAUUCCCGAAAGUCGCGAGUGAGCCAGUCAUCAUUUGCUGCCAUGGCAGGGUCUUCUGAAGCUCUCUCAGCCGAAUUAGGGCUCGUGCAGGCCGGCUCAUCGAUCUCGCACCGAGUCGUGCCCUUUUUCGAACGCAUCCUUGACCCUUCGCCAAAAAAUGCCUACGUCCUUGACUUCUUCCGUCAUGGCCACUUGCAAAGCUUGAGCGAUGAUAGCGGACUGCCGGGAGAGACGUUUGCCUGGGCUGCUCUCAACGACUUCUGGCACGUCCUGCUCUCUCUGCGUUCCGUCCUGGAGAUUCUCCUCAAGACAGCAUCCCGAUCUAAAGGUCGAGAGGGCACAGCCACCGGCGCCUCGUCUGAAGCUGACUGGGAAGAGUCCACCGGCUUCUACUACGAUGAAGAAGGCGAUGCUGACCCAGAAGAUGAUGCACAGCGAACCGACUCGGGUAUUGCUGGAUCUCAGAUGUCUGGCCUCGGCGCAGGUGCUAGUGGCGGAAAAGUGGUGCCGGUCAGCCAGGGUCCUGACAUCCGUACGAAGAGUGGAAAGAAGGUGGACCCGAUCAAGCCGCCUAUCGAGGUGCCCAACAAGCAUCACCAACUCUAUGCAGUCUAUGAGAUGAUUGUCGACAUUCAGAGGAACUACCACGGCAAGUUCUUCAAGACCUUUGCAUAGUUGUGCAGGCCACGCCGGUCGGCUCUGUUCUUCCCGCUCUCAUACACUGCUCAGUCUAUUUGUCCCGCCUUAGAUUUCUUCCCCAUUGUGUCACAAACAAGCAUGCGCAUACGCAAUCCGAAUCGAUAUCACGUGCCAGUAACAUUGCUUGGCCUCUUUGUCUGCAGUCAGAAAACAACAUUACUAGCUUUUCGAUGCGGGAGGGAGACUGAGUCCCGCAGGUGCACUGUUGCUUCUCUUC